AAGUCCAAAGAUCGGAUGGGUAUCCGAACCCAACCGAUUGAGACCAGGCAAGACCUGAACCCGACCAGUACAGGUCCGAGAAUUCCAGGAUCCUUGGACGGUCAGGAUCUUCUAAAACCAGAUAGAGAUUUGGACCCUAGAUAUUAUGAUCCCAGGGGCAAUUCCGUCAUUUUAACUUCCCAAAAACCCUCCAACGUUAUCCGAGCUCCCUCUCCUUCCCCACGCUCUCCUACCGCUAACGAACGAAAAGUCAUGGCUGCUGCUUCUUCCACGGAAGCUCCUCACAAUUUCUUCCGAAAAUGCCCACUCCUUUUCCCCGCAUUCCCUAAUUUACCCUUCUCCACCUCCCCUCCAUCAUCUCCAAGGCCCAAUCUCCUGUCCUCCGCGGCGGACCGACUCCUCCGAACGUUAUCAGAUGCCGCCCAAAACCCCUUCUUUCAAAGGCUUCUCUCUCCUUUCUCCGACGCUCCCCUCCACGCCAUCUCCCAGAUCCGUUUCAAACACUGUGGGAGUCCGAACCCUUUCUCCGCUCACAACUUCGCUGCUAUUUUGCCGGGCGAUACUGUGGCAGGUGUAGUGGUGACUAAUGGUAUCUUGAACUUCUUGAACAUCUACAAUACAUUGCUGGUUGUCAGGCUGGUGUUGACAUGGUUUCCCAACUCUCCUCCAGCUAUCGUCAGCCCUCUCAGCACUAUAUGCGAUCCUUAUCUCAACAUAUUUCGUGGGAUCAUCCCACCUCUUGGUGGAACGUUGGAUCUCUCCCCCAUACUAGCAUUCUUGGUUCUAAAUGCCUUCACGAGCGCCGCCGCCGCGCUUCCUGCUGAACUGCCGGUUUCUGGGACACCCCAACAUCGUUCUUCAACUCAACCUAAGCUUUUCAAUCCCACAGCAAUGCAGAAAAAAUGGAUGAGAAGGUUAUCCGGCAAGGGAUUGAAAACAACUGAUGAGAGAAGUUAGCCUCCAGUUGCCACACGGUAUUCUUUUUAAAUCUUUGUGUCAACGAGCGAUGAGCGGUAAUUGCAUCGCUGUUAAUUAGACUCUUUGUGUUUGCGAUGGUAGAAAAUUCUUUAUUAUCUGUUGUUAUUCAUAUCAUUACUUUUCAAAUUCGACACGAGGUGACGAAUGCAUCUUUUACCUGUAGAAGUUGUGUUUGGUGAGUUGAAUAUUUUUGGUUUUCCAC